GCGAAGUGGCGUUGAGGGGGCGCAAGCGGGGAAAGGUUUGGGGGGGGGGAAGGUGAGGGAAAGGCGGUUAAAAGGUAGGUGGUGGGAAGGAAACGUUGCUGGGGUCAAGGUGGUUCUUCCCUCUGUCCCGAGAUACAGGGGAAGUUCGGGAGGGGGGGGGGGAAGAGAUCACAGUCGGGAUAGCGCUCUGCUAGUUCCUGCUCAGCCUGGUGCCCGGCAGUUGUGGUGACAGGAGAGAGAAAUACUCGUUGCCUUGAUUUGCCCCGAUGACGACCGGCAGCUUUUCUUAGAGACGUUCCAGGAAUCUUCCCUGCCUUCUCCUUAGUCCCGCUUCGCUAAGUGGAAUCAGUUCAUCCUCUUGAACCAUUGACAAGGUUUAUCUAUUUUGAGCUCAAAAGAAAUUAUCUAACAUCUUGACUUUUCAUCAUCAACUGCAAAUUCAUUAAAAUUUCUGAUUAAAAUCACCCACUCUAAAAGUUUGCCAGAAAGGUUAUCAUGUGAUGUCAGUGUGAGACAGAAACAAAGCUAGACAUGCAUUCCAACCACACAACUAGGAAUGGCUGCCGAGCACAGGAAGUUAUCCAGUUGAUCAAGAAGCAGCUGGUGAACUCCAUCAAGGCCCUGCAGAAGCAUUAUGUGACCUCUGAUGCUGUUGUAACAAGUGAUGAUCAAGAUGCUAAUACUCUUUGUUGUGUAUUGGAGGCUGUGUUUGUGCAUGGUUUGAACGCUAAGCACAUCAAAGCAGAGGUUGGAGCAAAAGGGAAAAAACAUGGAGAGCGACGACUUCCUCAGCCAGUGUUUUGGACUCUGCUAAAAUCUAUUACUCACAGAAACAUAAUUUCUGAACUGGAAAACUUGGUCUUCAUCAAUACAGAUGUGGGACGAUGUCGUGCGUGGUUGAGGCUGGCUCUGAAUGAUGGCCUGAUGGAGUGUUACCUAAAACUCUUGCUUCAUGAAAAGUCUCAACUCUCUGAAUAUUACCAUUCACCUGCUCUGCUUCUGGAUACUGAGGAGGUUGAAUUUCUCCUCAGCUAUCUGCAGGGCUUGUCUUCUCUGGCUUUUGACCUCUCCUACAAGUCAGCAGUAUUGAAUGAGUGGACCAUCACACCUUUAUCCUUAUCAGGCCUUUGUCCUGCCUGGGAACUGUUGGACCCUCUUGUGGGGCUGGAAUCUCAAAGAAAGGAGUCACUUAGUUUUCUCUCACAAUCUUCUGGCUCUCAUGAAGUGGAAGCUCACCCAGCCAUCCUGCCUGUCCCUAAAAAUCAACAGGCAGAUAAACUCACAGCUUCCAACUUGAGCAUCAGCACAACUGGUUCCUCACAGCUCUCUUCCAGCCUUGACUCUGACAUUCUUCUCCCAGCCAAUUCUCCAAGCACUACCAGCCCAGCUAGGGAGAAAGAGCCCAUCUCCAAUGACUCUGAGGUUGACACGACAACAGCAACAGCAGACUUGGACCAGGACCUCCAAGAAGUGUUAGCAGAAUUUACCAGGACACAGAGAAAGUUGGAAUCUGUAGGAGUUCAUGAAGCACACCUUGUCUCUCAGUCUUCCCCACCAGAAUGCCCCUGCCCUGUCACCAGUUUCUGCACUGUGCACCUUCCUCAUACUGUAAUGGCAAAAGGUCCGGUUGACAUCACGGUACCUGCAAUAAUGACAAAUUCACAGCUUCCCAAUUUACCUAAGAGUGGAGAAUCUGUUCGUAGUACCAGUGUCCAACAGACCUCUACGCCAGCCACAAUAAUUGUGACCAAAGAACCUGCGGAUGUGACCCAAAUUCAUUGCAACAUCAAGAGAGGAGCUAAAACCUGGACCAGUGAAGUCAAUGGUUAUGAAGGAAGUUUUCCAGGAACAGACCAGCUUCUUUCACCAGUCUCACCAGUGAACUGCCCUAAAAGAAGCUGGAUCACUGAGGAUGAUUUUUACCUUCCUUCCCCUCCUGAGGAAACCGAAAAAAGCCUCUCCAGUUCUCCCAGCACCUCACUAGAGAGGCUUACCAGUAGCCAACCUGCCAUGCCAUUGAGAGUCCCAGAUCCAGGCGAGCUCUCUGUAUCUUCAGCAGAGCUCAGCAAACCCAAACUGCCUCCUGGGAAGGAGCUGAAGGGCUUUAGCGUUGUUCAUCGGAGACAAAUAGGUCUUUCCAAUCCAUUUCGCGGUCUGCUGAAGUUGGGGACCCUGGAACGUCGAGGAGCUAUGGGCAUCUGGAAAGAGUUUUUCUGUGAGCUCUCACCCCUAGAGUUACGGCUAUUUGUAGACUAUGAGAAGCGAGUAUGUGUAGAAAACUGUUCUCUGCUAAGAUGUGAGUCCUUAGGACGGGCUCACAGUGAUGGGCGCUUUGAGCUGGUCUUUUCCAACAAACGAUUGUAUCUUCGGGCUUCCUCUUGGGAUGAAGCAGAGGAUUGGUUGGACCGGCUGCAUGAGGCCCUAAAAAAGUAUAGGCUACAGCCGGAUGAAGGAUGGGAAACUCUAGAGUGCCCUGAGGCUGCAGAGGAUUCUGAGGAUUUCUUUGGAGGUGGACCACCUGGUGACUUGCCUUCCUUCUCGGUGUACAGUAGAACUGGCCCAACUGAGUUGGACUGGUCAUGUGCCUUGAACCCUGAGUUAGAUGCAGUCAAGGAAUCUGUCUUGUACUUGGAGGUUGAAAAAGCAUGGGUCCCUUUGGUAUUCUCCUUGUCCUUAGAAGCUUUGAAAUGCUUCAAAGCCAAAAAUGAUAAAAAGAUACUGAACAACAGCUUUGGAAUUGAGACCAUCCAGGAUAUCCUGCCAGAUGUGAGCUUGGGUGGACCUGCAUUCUUCAAGAUCAUCACUUCAAAAGCAGUACUAAAGCUGAGAGCUGAGAAUGCAGAGGAGGCAACUGAUUGGCGAGACCUGGUCCGCCGGGUGCUCAUGUCCUACCUGGAAAUGGCUGAGGAGGCCCUCACACUUGGGGGCAAUCUGGAUGGCAAUUCACAGGCAAUCCUGAAGAAUACUGUUAAGGAAAAUGGAUACUUGCUGCAGUAUCUGGUUGCCAUCCCCAUGGAGAAAGGCCUGGACUGCCAAAGUUUCAUAUGUGCAGGCUGCUCCAGGCAGAUUGGUUUCUUCUUUAUGAAGCCUAAGCUGUGUUCAUUCACUGGCCUCUAUUACUGUGACAACUGCCACCAAGAUGAAGAGUCUGUGAUACCUUCACGUCUAAUUCAUAACUGGGAUCUUUCCAGAUAUCCGAUUUGUUGCCAGGCUCUGAAAUUCCUAGCCAAAAUUCAAAAUCAACCCUUGAUUGACCUGAAGCUGGUGAAUGAAACCCUCUAUGACCAUGUAGAGCAAAUGAAACAGAUCUAUCAGAAUCGCGAGCAGCUGAAGCUACUGGGUGAUUAUCUUGUCCUUUGUCGCAGUGGUGCCCUGAAGGAGAUCAGUAAGAGGCUUGACCACCGGCACUAUCUCCUGGAGUGUCCCCAUAAAUACAGUGUGGCUGACCUGAGGCAGAUAGCAGAUGGUAUAUUUGAAACCUUUCUUCAGUCGCUGAUCCAAUUUGCUUCCCACCAUGUGUACAGCUGUGAUCUUUGUACUCAGAGGGGCUUCAUCUGUCAAAUAUGCAACAAGAAUGAUAUCAUCUUUCCCUUUGAAUUUGAUACAACCAGCAGGUGUAGUGAGUGCAAGACUGUCUUCCACAAUAGUUGUCAGGCAACUGUCAGUUUCUGCCCUCGUUGUGUCCGUCGGCAGAAAUAUCACCAGCAACUGCAAGAAUUCCUUUGGAAAUGAUCUCAACUGUGCCAGUCCUUUGGAUAAGAUUUUGGAAUUGGAUAAGAUUCUGGAAUUCUCCAGAAGGCAAUUGGAAGACAGAAGCUUAGGAGCAAUGGAAAAAUACUGCCAGCUGGACACCUUCUGUCUGGAUUAUAGUCCUAACAACCACCUUGCCAUCAGCUCUGGGAAAGGAACCCACAGAGAUACUUCCUUGAAUUCACCCAUUAUUGUCAUUAAUCUUCAUUUAUUCCUUCCUUCCCAAGCAAAUUCAUCCUUAUCCUGACAUUUGGUGAAUACUGGAUAUUAAAGGCAUACGUAGCAAGAACUCCUAAGAAGACUGACUUUAGUGGAUGUCUCUUGAUUUAAAUUGCUGGAAAAAGGGAAUGUUGUUUUACUUUUAACAAAUGCACUUUCCAACAGAUUUCUUGUGCCUUCUACACUUUACAGACUGCUCUUAAAAUGUCUUGUGCCAAAAUAGCUGCUGAAUUCUUUAGAAAGGCAUGCCAUCCUUGGUGUCCUCCUCAAGCAAAGUGACCUUCUUAUAAAUAAGCUAUUAUUAUUCUCCUCCUUUUUUAAAAAAUGCUCAGUCAGCAUAUUUCAAACUUGAUUUUAAUAUUUUCUUUUAUUCUCCUAUGCAGAUAAUUAACUUUAUUGAAUAAAUAACAGAUGUCUUUUACGAAUCUA